CCUCUCGCUCCGUCUCCAGUUGUUUAUUCAGCGCUCGCAGCGGCACGCGCCAGGCGCACGCACUGGAACAACAAACCCCAGAGAAUGGAGCCCGGGGAGAGGGGCGGGGCCAGGCAUAGCGCGUGGAGCUUGUGCCCAUUGAAAAGGCGGCGGCGGCCGAGCGACCCUAGCCACUCAGUGCAGCGAGCCAGGGAACGUGCGGGACAGAACGCGGGGCUCCCCUCUCACACUGCCUCACCCGCACAGCCGGAGCUACACACGCGACACACACGAGUCUCUCUCAGCGCUCAAGUCCAACCACAGCCAGCCAAAUGGACAGCACUGCCAAGGCAGAGAGCGGCUCCAACCAGCUCUUCCUACAGCCAGCCUGCUACUUUGCACAGAGCCUGCAGCUCAGCCCGGGUGACGGGCAGCAGCCCAAUGCCAAGUCUGGGGCAAAGCAGGUCAAGAGGCAGAGAUCGUCCUCCCCGGAGCUGAUGAGGUGCAAGAGGAGGCUCAACUUCACUGGCUUCGGCUACAGCCUCCCCCAGCAGCAGCCGGCGGCGGUGGCCAGGAGGAACGAGAGGGAAAGGAACAGGGUCAAGCUGGUGAACCUGGGCUUUGCCACCCUAAGGGAACACGUCCCCAAUGGGGCUGCCAACAAAAAGAUGAGCAAGGUGGAGACCCUGCGCUCCGCGGUAGAGUACAUCCGAGCGCUACAGCAACUACUGGAUGAACAUGACGCUGUCAGCGCUGCUUUCCAGUCCGGGGUGCUGUCACCUACCAUCUCCCCAAACUACUGUCAUGAUAUGAACUCUAUGGCAGGCUCCCCCGUCUCCUCCUACUCUUCCGAUGAAGGAUCCUACGACCCCUUAAGUCCAGAGGAGCAAGAACUGCUAGACUUCACCACUUGGUUCUGAGCAGCAGGACUGCUGCUAAGGAGAAAGUGAAGC